UAUAAAGUUUGCUGUCUCCUUUGUUCGCCCUCGUUGCGCAGUAGUGCGAGCGCCUUACAGCUUCCGUUCUCAGGGUCGGCCGCCCUCCCGCGUGCCGAGCUGCUAGGAAGCCGCAGUUGGCGAGCUCGUAGGAGCUUGAGACCGUCGUCACCUCUCCAAUUUUAACCAGGGGGGAAAAAUGGUUGAGGCAGAUCGCCCAGGAAAGCUCUUUAUCGGUGGCCUCAAUACAGAAACAAAUGAGAAAGCCCUUGAAGCAGUAUUUGGCAAAUAUGGACGAAUAGUGGAAGUUCUCUUGAUGAAAGAUCGUGAAACCAAUAAAUCUAGAGGAUUUGCUUUUGUCACCUUUGAAAGCCCAGCAGAUGCUAAGGAUGCAGCCAGAGACAUGAAUGGAAAGUCCUUAGAUGGAAAAGCCAUCAAGGUAGAACAAGCCACUAAACCGUCAUUUGAAAGUGGCAGACGUGGACCACCUCCACCUCCAAGAAGCAGAGGCCCUCCCAGAGGUCUUCGAGGAGGAAGAGGAGGAAGUGGAGGAACCAGGGGACCUCCAUCCCAUGGAGGGCACAUGGAUGAUGGUGGCUAUUCCAUGAAUUUUAACAUGAGUUCUUCCAGGGGACCACUUCCGGUAAAAAGAGGACCACCACCACGAAGUGGGGGUCCUCCUCCUAAAAGAUCUGCCCCUUCAGGACCAGUUCGAAGCAGCAGUGGAAUGGGAGGAAGAGCUCCUGUAUCACGUGGAAGAGAUAGUUACGGAGGUCCACCUCGAAGGGAGCCCUUGCCCUCUCGUAGAGAUGUUUAUUUGUCCCCAAGAGAUGAUGGAUAUUCUACUAAAGACAGCUAUUCAAGCAGAGAUUACCCAAGUUCUCGUGAUACAAGAGAUUAUGCACCACCACCAAGAGAUUAUACUUACCGUGAUUAUGGUCAUUCCAGUUCACGUGAUGACUAUCCAUCAAGAGGCUAUAGUGAUAGAGAUGGCUAUGGUCGUGAUCGUGACUAUUCAGAUCAUCCAAGUGGAGGUUCCUACAGAGAUUCAUAUGAGAGUUAUGGUAACUCACGUAGUGCUCCACCUACACGAGGGCCCCCGCCAUCUUAUGGUGGAAGCAGUCGCUAUGAUGAUUACAGCAGCUCACGUGACGGAUAUGGUGGAAGUCGAGACAGUUACUCAAGCAGCCGAAGUGAUCUCUACUCAAGUGGUCGUGAUCGGGUUGGCAGACAAGAAAGAGGGCUUCCCCCUUCUAUGGAAAGGGGGUACCCUCCUCCACGAGAUUCCUACAGCAGUUCAAGCCGCGGAGCACCAAGAGGUGGUGGCCGUGGAGGAAGCCGAUCUGAUAGAGGGGGAGGCAGAAGCAGAUAUUAAAAACAAACAACUUUGGACCAAAAUCCCUGUUCAAAGAAACAAACAAAAGUGGAACCUGUUCUAUCAUAACUACCCAAGGACUACUAAAAGGAAAGAUUGUGUUACUUUUUUUAAAUUUCCUGUUAAGUUCCCCUUCCAUAAUUUUUAUGUUCUUGUGAGGAAAGAAAGUAAAACAUGUUUAAUCUUUGAUUUUAUGACAUUGCUUUCAACAAGCAAAUGAAACGUUAAGUGUGUUUAAGACUUGACAUGUGUACUAGUGGUGUAAUCUUCCAAGUAAAAGUGUCCCUAAAGGCCACUUCUUAUAGGAUUUUCCCCAGUAAAUGAUGAGGCAAGCAGUUUAUCUUACACAAAAUAUCUAGUCAUCUAAAAUGGAGAGAUGAAUCCUCCUGCCUAUAUAAACAAGCUAGCUAUUAGAGGGUGGUCGGGGUAUGCUACUCUUAAGAUUUCAGAGUGUCUUCAAACUGAAAUCUCAAAUGUUCUCAGUAUGAAAAACCUGAGAUCAGAUGCAUAUAUGUAAGGAAAGUGCUAUUCACCCAGUAAACCCAGAAAAAAGCAAAUGGAUAAUGCUGGCCAUAUUUUGCCUUUCUGACAUUUCCUUGGGAAUCUACAAGAACCUCCCCUUUCCCCCUCCCCAAUAAGACCAUUUAAGUGUGUGUUAAGCAACUACAGAAUACUAAAUAAAAAGUUUGGCCAAAACCAA